CAUUACCGGAUCAACACAAUGGAGGAGCAGUUUCAGUAAGUAGCCAGGCGUGCAACUGGAACGACGACACUCUGAAAACAUGAAUUUCACGCUGUUUUCAUGAAUUUUCAAACCGCUGGAUUUUUCGUACAAUGGAUACACACAAAUAGCAGUGAUAAGGGUAAACAUUGAAAUCUGGAUAAUGGAAGACGAUACAAGAGUAAUGUGCAUGAAUAACUCCAGCAGUUUGGACACCUACGUCCAGUGUUACAGAGGUGCUCAACAACAACCUCUUGAAAUGGCAAUCCCUUUAACAGUCGUAAAUGUGUUAAUAUUUGUAUCGGGUUUUUUUGGAAACAUCGCUGUUUGCAUCGUUAUCAUCAAACAUCGCUCCCUACACACCGCUACCAAUUAUUACCUGUUUAAUUUAGCCAUCAGCGAUUUAACUCUUUUGAUAUUCGGGCUACCAAAUGACGUGAUGCUUUACUGGCACCAAUAUCCAUGGCCUUUCGGGAUCGAAUUUUGCAAGUUCAGGGCUCUUCUUUCGGAAAUGGCUUCCUACGUUUCAGUCCUCACAAUCGUAGCAUUUUCCACCGAGCGCUAUUUGGCGAUUUGUUACCCUUUAUAUCUCCAUACGAUGUCGGGCUUACAAAGGGCAAUACGGAUUAUAGCUUGUCUUUGGCUGUGCGCAUUUGUCAGCGCUUUGCCCUUCUGCAUCAACACGCGAGUCCAUUAUUUGUUUUACCCUCCAAAUUCGACAAAUAUUUUGCCGGACAGUGCGUUUUGCGGAAUGCUGUACCAACCUGAAGGAAUUCCCUUGACCGAAUUAAGCACUUUGAUAUUUUUCAUCAUUCCGAUGCUUGCCAUUGCAGUCCAGUACACAAAAAUGGGUCUUGAAAUCGCGAAAACGACGAGAAAGACGCUGGGUCACGGGUUGCGAGGGUCGGUUCAUAGAGACAGUAGGAAGACUCAAUCAAACCGCAGCGUAAUCAAAAUGUUAAGUGCUGUGGUAAUUGCGUUUUUCCUAUGUUGGGCCCCAUUUCACGCACAGCGUCUUUUGGUGAUUUAUGGGCCGGAUUAUUCGGAAGCCAAUACUUAUAUGUUUUUCAUCACCGGAAUUCUUUAUUAUUUCUCGUCGACUUUAAAUCCGAUUUUGUAUAAUGUCAUGUCAGAUCGAAUGCGCAGUGCAUUUAAAGAAGUUUUGUGUGGCGUUAAGCCGAAAAAGAAUAAAAGACACUCCGUGCUUGGAGAUGUCUAUUCGCGUUCUUACAAUAUAAGAAUACAGAAAUCUCCCAGUCGAAUGGAAACUAUUAUAGACGAAAUCGAUGAAGAUAAGGUUAAUUUGGUGAAUAAAGAAAUUGUUUCAGUUUCGAUACCUGAAAAUGGAAGCACGCUAAUCUACGAAAUUCAUUACAAAACCAAAGAAGAAGAUACCUGUAACAACGAAACGCCAAUAUAAUGAAGAAAACAGUUUUCAAAUAUUUUUUAAAAGACUGAUUUAGAUAGAUGUAAAAUAUUUGUAUUUAUGUGCUCUUAACAUUUUUUUUUCACAAACAAUUCCCAAUCGCUAUUGUCUCUUAUUGUAAUAAUGUGAUGAAUGUUCAUUCUACAACCAAAUUAAAUUUAAGAUAUUUUUCUGUGAUUAUGUCAUCAAUAUUAUACAUGUAAAAAAGGAA